GAGAGAGAGAGAGAGUUAUAAAAAAAUAGACAAUCUGGUGAACACUUCAGAAAAAACUUAUAGAGCGCUAGAGUCAAGCCUGAAGCGCAUAUACAAUGUCUAAAUUAUGGCUUGAGCAUUUAGAAUUGGCCUUACUUAUACUAAUAGUCGGAGGAGUGAACUUGCCUUACUUUUGGUGCACGAGGACGCCAUUGUCUCUCUUUCUCAGCGGGGUUGAUUCUACUCCUCUCCUGGCCAAUGACACUCUAGGCGACUACGAGGCAGUUGAACUGGGCAAUCUGACCUCAGACGAACAAAUCUUGAAUAAGAGAUACAAUGUUACCAAAUCGGAAGAGAAGACGAAAUUCUGCUUCAGCCUAGUUGAGGAGAAUGUGCAUGUGUAUCAUAGAGAGAACUACACGUGUGAGGAUAUGGGGGCGAAGGCAGGGGACAGAUGGCAACAUCGGAACAACUUCUGCCAGUGUGUGAGCAAAUCCCCAAACUCCACUGCAAUCCAAAACACACACAUCAAAGGUCUGAUCCACUUCUACUUGGGCACUUGUCAAGUGUUUAACGAACAUCACAACCACACUGCCAUCUACACUAACCAGAAGGAGGUGCCCUCUAUCAACUACAGAUUCAGAUGUCUCUGCAUGUGUCAGACAGCAGCUGUGCCCAUAUCAAUAAGACAGCCAUGCUACAUUGACUGCCAGUGGAUAAAUGGUUGCUGGGAAAAUCAACGAACUCUGAUUCAACCAGGCGCAGUCAAUUCUGCUGGAUGUUACUGCACCCACUAUGGAAAGUUUGUGUGCAAUUCAGUAAAUUAAGCUGAACUGAAUUCAUGGCUCAUCACUUAAUCCUUGUCAGUAAGACACGCGAAAGAAACAAGCCUGAAGAAGUUACUAGGUGGCGGUUUGGUGAAUCAUAACGGUGCGUCUUUCAAUUAUGUUCUUUUUGAUUAAUACGACAAAUUUUUUUGGUGCUUUGU